AUGGUGCCCGGCUCGUACGAGGAGGGGAUGGUGUUGUGGCAGCACAAGAACAAGGUCAGCCUCUUCGCGUGCAACGCUGGCGAGAUCUUCAGCAACGAGAGCGUGGAGCUGGCCCCGGGCCUGAAGACGAGCAAGAUCAACAGCGACCUCAAGUGCGAGUACGGCGGCGACUCCGGAACAGCGCUCAACGCAUGGAUCUUCAUCGAAUUCUGGCGGAAGGUCCUGGAGAACAAGGUCUACUCCGAGCACGAUUGGACGGUGAAGGUCGAUGUUGAUGCAGUCUUCUUCCCCGACAGAUUGCUGACCGUGCUCAAAGACAACUCGGGCGCCGCGUGGAUCAGCAACUGCAAGUACGGCCUGCACGGCCCCAUCGAGGUCGUGAGCUCCGGAGCGCUGGACAAGCUCGCCGAGGACUACGAGGCGUCCUUCGACGGCAAGGCCCCGAAGAACUGCGUGGAGAAGCAGGACUUCGGCCUCUGGGGCGAGGACAUGUUCCUGGGCCAGUGCCUCGACAAGGUGCUCGAGGUCGGCGACAGCCCCGUGGACCCGCGGGUGUUGUGCGAGGAUCACUGCGACUGCCCUGCGUGGUAUUGGUGCCAGAACGGCACCGACCGCGUGAGCUUCCACCCCUUCAAGACGGUGGGCGCCUACAAGAACUGCAUGGCCAACGCCAUGGGCGGGGAGCCGCUCCCCGAGGGCGCGUCCGCGCUGGACGAUGACGACGAGGAGUUCGCCGCCCAUUCGCCGAGCACCCAGGCCGAGGCGCCCGAGAGCGAGGACGACGGCGAGCCGGCGGACGCCGACGCUGGCGAGGAGGCCGAGGCGCCCGCCAGCGGGGGCGGCGGCGAGUCGUUGGGCGCCGACGCGGGCGAGGAGAGCACGGCCCACACCGCGCCGCACCCGACGGAGUCGCAGGCGGACUUCUACGCCGACGAGGACGGCGGCGGCGCCGGGGGCGGAGGCCGCGCGGGAGGCGGAGCGGGGAGCUGCGCCGACUACGGCUGCACCGAGGCGUUCAACAGCGACUUCAACUGCCAGUGCAACAAAGGUUGCAAGGCGCACAACAGCUGCUGCCCCGACUUCGAGGACGAGUGCGGUGGAAGCGCCGCCAGCGGGGCGGCGGGCGGCAAGUCCGCCUCCGGGGACAGCUGCCAGAGCGACUGCGACGUGAAGUUCGACCCCCGCCGGACCUGCCAGUGCAACGCGCUGUGCGAGAGCCACGGCAACUGCUGCGACGACUACCUGGAGUCCUGCGCCGGCGGCCGGGCCUGA